CGGCUGCGGUCUAAAUACUACUAGACCGCACUUCCGCACUGCAGGGACGCCGGCAUCUGAUGUCACUUCUGGUCGCUUCUCCCGUGACAUGUUUCCCGGCGCCACCGUCCUCCCAUUAACUUAUGCGCAUGCGUGCAGACUCGCAAGCUACAUGCCACCGCGGCCCGCCCGGACCCCGCCAGCAAACCUCUCAGGAGCUGGAAGCAAUGAGCAGAUAUACAAGCCCGGUCAAUCCGGCAGUGUUUCCACACCUCACAGUCGUGCUUCUGGCAAUCGGAAUGUUUUUUACGGCUUGGUUCUUUGUCUAUGAGGUGACAUCCACAAAAUACACAAGAGAUGUAUACAAGGAGCUCCUUAUAUCCCUGGUAGCCUCGCUGUUCAUGGGAUUCGGGGUUUUGUUUCUUCUCUUGUGGGUCGGGAUCUAUGUGUGACAAUGAUGAUUCUACCUGAAGGAUUAGAUAUGUGUUUGUGUUUUUUUACUUCACUCUGUCUGGGGACCAGUACUGGCCGUGGAUGGCGGCGUCCACUCAGUCGUUGCACUGUCAUUUCUGCAAUGGAGAUUCUUCUCAUGGUGACUUGCUCACCAGUUACAAUAAAACACUUUAUUAUUACAUAUAUUAAA